AUGAGCUUCUUCGACGCCUUCACCAGGGCGAACAGCUUCACCGGCCGCGUGCGCACCGCCGGCGACGAGGUCAAGCAGCUCGCUGACCUACACUCUCGCAAAGGAAGCCACCUCUUCAACGCAAUCUUGGCCGUCGGUGCAAUGUACGCGGGGAAAUUGAACCAUCAGCGUGCGUCCUCGAAGCGGGAGGCCUUGUCAAUCGCUUUCCAGCAUUACUCGUAUUCCAUCCAAGGCCUACGAGAAGCGAUUGAUGGCAUGAACCUAGGCACCAGCCCACGUCUGCCGAGGCACGAAAACCAGCGUGUUUGCAUUCUGUGGACGACAUUCUUUCUUGGCGUUUUCGAGCUCAUGAACGAUGUCACGGGCCACGGGUGGCAGCAGCACAUCAUCCACGGCACAUCCAUGGCGCUCAAGCAUAGUGGCCCAACCUCAUGCCGGUCCGGCCCUGGAUUUGCCUUCUUCAUACAGGCGAGAAUAUUCGAAGUCAGCAGGUCCAUUCUGUUCAACGAGCCGACCUUUCUUACGGAGCCGGAAUGGGUCUCCUUGUCGCGAGACAUGUGGACCGACGAGGAGCAUCUCGCCGGAAGCAAAAACACAUGGACCUCGUUGGACUCGCUACUAGACAUCAUGGUCAUGUGUUCGAGUCUUCGUGUAAGAGCGGAGGCGUUCAUACAAGGGCAAGGCUCUUCUCAGGAUAUGCCUCCAUCCGAUUCCGAUGCCAUGGCCAUAUCACAAGACGGACAUCUUCUCCGCGAAGCCUUGCGCAGCUGGAGCGCAGCCUAUAUUCCAGAUGCCGCGCUCCCGUCACCCAGCACAUCCUCCACUUCAAACAAGGACCCAGAGAACAUCAGACACUGUGCCGCAGACCCAAGUACGCUUUUGGCUCGUGUUUUCUACGCCUCCAUCAGCAUCUAUCUCUCUGGCGUUUUCGACUACGAGCUGCCCCAUUGGCAGCGACGUAACCUGCCAGUCCCGGCUCUCGACCCAGCCACGGUAGCGCAACACGUCUGCGCCAUUCUAGCCCUCACGGAUACUGGACUGAAUCACACGGCACUGUCGCCGGUCCUGUUCUUGUUCCCUUUGCGAAUUGCCGGCGCACGAUCAUGCCGCCAAUGGCAGCGCGACCGAGUCGGCGCACUUUUGGACCACAUAGGCAUCGCAUAUGCUGUUGCUUCCGCCAUCAGGGCCGACUUGGCGCAAGUGUGGAAAGCGAGAGCGGCUAUUCCGAAUCCAGAACUACAAUUCGCGUGA